CUCGAGUAGUAUCUCGUCCUGCAUCGUACUCUCGGUGCUACCCGCACAUAUGUACUCUCUCGUCCUUUGAUGUACUUUCGGUGCUACCUCGACAGCCCCUUCUCAGUUCCGAUGCUCUGAGCUGCCUGAACAUCUCGCCCACAUCUCAGCGAUGCUCUGAGCUCUCCCGCAGCCACUUCCUGGCCUGACUCCUGCAGCCGCAGCCGCUUUGUCAAUCAGUCGACACCGCAGUCAGCCAAGAUGGUGGAAGUAUUCAGCGUGCCUGCGUUCUUCAUCCUCUUCCGUGAGACGCUGGAGGCGUCGAUCAUCUUGUCUGUGAUGCUGUCUCUCCUGAAGAAGGUCGUACCGGAGAGGACCAUGCUCAGGAGCCUGCAGAAGCAAGUUUGGGGUGGAGUAGUCCUCGGGGUGGUGCUGUCUCUGGUGGCCGCCGCCAUCUUCCUGUCCCUGUACUACACUGUGGCCAAGGAUGCCUGGGACAACACGGAGGCUCUGUGGGAGGGAAUUCUGAGCCUGAUCGCGGUGGUGCUCAUCACACUCAUGGCCUUCUCCAUGAUCAGAGUGGACACAUGGAGGGCGAAAUGGGAGAAGAAGCUGACCAAGGUCACGGUGGACAGCGUGGAGAAGUACGGCACUAUGCAGAGCACCAGGAGCAAGUACGCCCUCUUCCUGAUCCCGUUCACCAUCGUCCUGCGCGAGGGCGUGGAGGCCGUGAUCUUCCUGGGAGGUAUCGGGCUGGAAGGCUCGGGCACAGCGUACCCUCUGGCAGCCAUCACCGGAGCAUUGUGCGGGAUCGCCAUCGGGUUCGCGCUGUACAAGGGAGGCAACCAUGUGGCGUUCAAGUGGUUCCUCGGAGCUUCGACGGCGUUGCUGCUGGUGAUCGCGGCCGGUCUGUUCGCAGGGGCCGUGCACGAGUUCGAGGAGUACACGGAGAACGAGAAGAUGGUGUGGAAGCUGCACUGCUGCCAUCACAAAGGAAAUGGCAUCUGGAAGCUGCUGAACGCUGUGGUGGGAUGGCGAGACGAGGCGACAGUGGGAACUCUGACUUCGUACUUCAUGUACUGGGCCUUCGUGCUGGUCUCGUUGAUUGUCCUGAGAGUGAAAUGGAACAGAGAUGCCAAGCGCGAUGCCGCCGUGGCAGCGUCUUCUCAAGCUUAUACAGCCCCAGUAUGAAAGGAAGAUCACUCUACGCGUACAUAGUUCGCAUAUAAUGUUUAUACAAGAGGCACUAACAGCUCCAUGGAUCGGUACAAUAGGAUUUGAAAUUCGCUUAAUUGCGUGAAAAUCGAUCCCUCGAACUAGUGCAGUCGGAGUGAUUUCCUGCUGGCUUAUACCACAGCAGAAUGCACGUUCCAGCUGGUUGGAGUUGCAGUUUGGACUGGUUGUUUUGUUACCUGUGCUUGGUGAGCGAUGGGGUGCCGGUUGAUGGUGGCUUUCCUGGUUGCCUCGUGCUGCCGGACUGCUCAUUAGGUACUUCCAUUCAUCUGAACACGCCGUGCUCUUGUUCAGUAGCCAAGCAGUAGAACACUGUCCCUAAAAGGAAAAUAGUUCAAUGUCGUGCUCUGAAAAAUAAUCCUCCUUAACGAGGAUGUAUUGUAGACUGAGAGAAUCUGAGCAUAGAGUGUCAAGUAGCACAAGUUGUGGAGUGUGGCUCUUCGAGUCUACUUGCUGUAUAGUUCUUUCUCCGAGUCUCAGUAAAUUUAGUAACGAUGAAACCAUGCUCUUCGCAGAUU